AUGUUUUUGUUUGUGCUACUUGUACAGGCUGCAACAUUUAUCAACCAAGUUGCUGUCGAAUACAAAAAGACUCCACUCACCCGCUCUGCAUACAAUUUAUUUGGAAUCACUACCUUAAAGGCGCAUGGACAUGUUUCUUUCUGCACUAGGGAUGGAGAUGUUAUGCUCAGCGAGAUUCACUCACCCUCUAAAGUUCAUAAUAUCCACCUGUUUAUUGAAGACAGGGGCAUUCUAGAGAACAGCUCCUUUGUAAAACAAAACAGCCGAACGAAAGAGUUCUUUAUUGAGAAUUUGGAUGCACCAGUUGAUCGUAUUACACUUUCCAGCCUUUACUUCAGGAGGAUUCUUGAAAAGGAAUAUCCGAGCAUCAAAAGUUCGCCUGUGUCGCUAGUUGUCUCAGGUAGAGACUAUUACACACCAGAGCAAUCUAUGGAUCUUGCGACGGUCUUUUCCUCAAUUAGCAGUGAUGUAAAGGUCAUUCCAGAGUCUCUGGCCGCUUGUAUAAAGUACUCGUGCGAAAUGUCUGACAAUACAGAAGAAAAGCACUUUUACUUGAACUUGAGAGGCUCUAAACCCGUGUGCUCUUUGUACUCCAUCAAGAAAGAAGAAGGCAAGACAACUAUUAUGUAUGAAGAACCAAAGGACUUAGAAAACUUCGAGUGUAUUGCUGACUAUGAGAUUGAGGCUGAGGUGGCAAAGUAUGUCAUUUCCAAUAUUAAAAGCGACGAUACCUGGAGGAAUGUGGCAUUUUUACCCUUUGAGAAUGGCACUGACAAAUCACAUUACGCGGAUGUUCAACAGAAUGUCAGUGAUUUUAUCAAAAAUAUGAGCGAUGGAUUUGAUACUCUGAACAUUCUCCAAAUUCUUAUUAGAAAGAUAUCAGAUGAUAGCCUGGAUGGAAGUAUCAUUGAGAAAAGCCUUGAUAUUGAGAAAUUUAAAUGCAACUUCAACAGCAUGGGAUGUAGCAAGAUGCCCACCAGUAUUCCGGAAGGAUACAAAAAAUAUCUUAUUAGUGAUAUUAAGAGAACCGAUGCAUGUUUUGAAGGAUUCUUUGAGGUUCCAUAUGAUCGUGUUCUUGAUGGAUUGCUGCAGGCGCAUUCACCAGCCUUCGUGCUGAGUGAUCCUAGGGUUGUUGUUAAGGGACAUGCGACAUCAGUAGCUCUGGAUAAAAUUGAAGGUGAGCUGAGCCUAAGAAGAACAGUUCUAAAAGAUAUUGUUCAGAAUUUUUCUGAACUUAGAAAGACACUUACAUAUGUAGAAGAAGCAGAGGUUGAGCCGAUUUUAAGCCUGUUCAAAGAAGAUCUUGCAAACCUUCAUAUACUUAAAGAGAUUAAAAAAGCAUAUGAGGGGCUGCAGUCACUGAGUAUCAAAAGAAUAGCCAAUGCUGUAUUGAAAGACAGCUAUCUGCAGGAGCUGAGAAAUAGGAUUUCCGAGGCAAAAGAUUUGGAGAAGAAUUUUCCAGAAGAUGUUCCUGUAAGCUUCCGAGAGAACCUGGCAAGCUACUGUGCAGAAACAGAGAAUUGGAUCAACGCCAAUGAAUCAAAGGACGAUGCUUUGUCGGAGAUUCAGAGGAGAUCAUCAAUGCUAUCAGCUCAUAUUAAGCUUAUUAGAUCUACGGCCAAGAAGAUAGAAGAGGAAAAAGCCAUGCAGAAAGAACAGCAAACAGAAAGCAAUAAAGAUGAGAGACUUGGUGGAAUUCCUGAGAAAGAGAAGGAUGUUGCUACCGAGGCUGAAAAAGAGGAAGAAAAGAGAAAAACAAUGGAGACCAAGCAGGACACUCUUUAA